AUGGGUCUCUUUAGUAGAUCAAAUAAGAAGAAAUUACGGGCAUCUCCACCUCGAUAUGGAUAUGAGUCUUCCAUUGAAUUACCAAGACAACCAAAUCCUACGACCAGAUCAAAUUUGUAUUAUGUGGAAAAACGUCCUCAUAUAUCGAAUGGCUACAAUCAAGGUCGACCAACACCACAAGGUUGGAUAGUUGCUCAAAUCGAACCAGCACCGUCGAGAUAUCAGCCACAUACUACCAUGGCGCCGCCUCCAUUACCACCAAGAGCACAACGAAAUGGUGUUGCGAUGAUGAAUUUUCGAUCGGUUACGAAUUUAUUCGCAGAGACAUCAAGGAAUGAUCUACCAUGCAUGGCUGCCAUUAAUAAUGGAGUCGCAAUCAUAUCACAACAAACCAUGCAUCAUUAUCAUCAAACGUCAGCUCUCUACGACACUUUAUCUUCGAAAUUAUGCUCGGUUGUCACAUCAAUUGAUGAGGAAAGAUUCAGUGGGGAUGAUAGAGAACUUACGGUACCUCAGCAUCAUGAUCAAGUUUUGCAAGAGGAUAAGCAAUUGGAGACGACCAGUCGAGACUUAAUGCUACGGAGUAAAAAGUCAAAAGGCAAUGUGAAGGAUGGAAAGUCAGCUGAAACGACAUACACAAAUUACUUUUCAAAGGUUCAUGAUUAUGCCAAUUCAAGGUUACCGAUGGAUCUCAAGCCUAUGAAAUUGUACACUAAUACAUACCCUCUCAUAUGUCUAGCAGCUCAAUACUCUGAACAAGUCUAUUCAAAACCUAUCGGACAAGAAAAAGAAACGAGAGUUAAUGCAGGAGGAAGGGCAGGAACUGUGAUGAAAAGUGUGCCAAUUGAUGAUAGGGAUGUAAUUGUGUUUGCGAUUCGAGGAACAACACAUUCAUUUACGGAUUGGGCUGUAAAUGUUAAGACGAAACCCACUUCACCACAAGGCUUCUUGGACGACCCAGGAAACUUAUGUCAUUCUGGAUUUUUAGGUGCUGCAAAAGAAUGGAUUAAACCAAUAGCAGCUCGACUUCGAAAUCUUCUUCAAGAAAAUCCCAAACGUACACAAUGUUCUUUACUAAUCACUGGACAUUCCGCUGGUGGAGCUAUCGCUGCUCUAUUAUAUUCACACAUGCUUUCAACCAGUCGCGAAGCCAAAUCAGAGCUCAAUGUCCUCGCAGGAUAUUUCAAACGAAUUCACUGUAUCACAUUUGGAGCUCCACCAAUAUCACUUUUACCAUUACAAAAACCUAAGGAUGCUUCUAAAUCUAUCUUCAUGUCUUUUGUCAAUGAAGGUGAUCUUGUCGCCAGAGCAGAUUUCGCUUACGUCAAAUCUCUCCUCGAUUUAUAUUCCACUCCCGCACCCGGAAAAUCAGUCUUGCCCCCUUUAAAACUAGGAAUCAAGCCCCAAAAAUCCACAAAUACAUUUUCCUUGAAGAAGAAGGAGAGCGAGAAGAAGAAGAAGAAGCAUUCAAAAACCGAUCCGAAUAUUUCUCUAAUAGGACCAAUUUGGCACGUUCCAGAAGCAACGUUGAGUAAUGCGGGAAGUAUCGUUCUUCUACGUGGUGUAGAUCGAGAGGGUAAUCCGGAGGGUAGUAAGAGGAUUCAGGAUAGAUUGGAUGAUGGGGUUAUUGCGCAGAUGAUCUCGGAUGAGUUGUUGAGGGGCGUGGUUUGGGGGGAUCCGGGUGUGAGAUGUAGGGAGAAGGGGUUAGAUGGGGUGGUUGAGAUGAGAUGA